UUCUCAUCUUAGAAGGUUUCAUCGUUGACCCAACUACUUGGGGGAAGAUACUGUAGAUAUAAAUGGAUAAGUGUUCAUGUAACUUCUUUGAACCUGUCUCUUCUCUGUUUUAUCUAAACAAAAGAAAGUUUCAGUUUCUUAUUCUCGGGGAGAUUGACAAGAAACCGGAGACUUUUCCAAGUUCUUUGAAAAGUCAUGGGACGCAAUUUCCCAACAGCCGCAGGAAUCUUUCUUUUCAUAUCUCUGUUGACGAGCCAUGGAUGACAAUUCAACAGAAAGUUGUGAUUAACCAAACAAAUUUGUUCCUUCAAAUAUAUCAAAGAAAUCCAAGGUUUGUACUUUGUUCUACCAUUAAAGGUGGAUCGUCUUCUUUAAUCACUUGCAGUGGAGAGCUGGCAAUUGGGUGUUGGAAUAAGAAACAAUAGCAGAGGAAAGCAAUAAGAACAAUAAUAUGAAGAACCAUAUUCGAGAUAAUGUUAUUCCGAUUCCAGAAAGCUCGGUGGCUUACACAGUUGAAAAAGAAGCAGAAAAACCUACUUCAGAACCCGAAUCUGAUAACCCAUAUUUUCAUUCCUCCCCUUUCGAAGGGUCUGCGACAUCUAAACGAGGUAAAAUGAAUACACUGAUUGAAUGGAUGAACAAAUUUGGGAAGAAAGCAGAUAAUUUUGCACAUGGAGUUUAUGAGCAUGUAAGAUUGGGCUCCAAUAUGUCUGCAACUGUGAAGGGAAAAUUGAGUUUGGGGGCCAGAAUUCUUCAACGAGGUGGGAUGCAGAAGGUAUUCAAACAGCUUUUCCGUGCUACAGAAGGAGAGAAGCUAUUGAAGGCCUCCCAAUGCCAUUUAUCAACAACAGCAGGUCCUGUUGCAGGGCUCCUCUUUAUCUCCACUGAGAAGGUUGCCUUUUGCAGUGAGAGGUCUCUUAAAUUAACAUCUCCAACGGGGGAGUUGAUUAAAACACCAUAUAAGGUUUUGAUUCCACUAAAGAAGAUAAAGAGAGUGCACCAAAGUGAAAAUGUGAAGAAUCCAGCCCAGAAGUACAUACAAGUAGUUACUGUGGAUAGUUUUGAGUUCUGGUUUAUGGGAUUUCUAAAUUAUCAGAAAGCUUUCAAGUUUCUUCUACAGGCUAUCUCCAAAUCUUAAAUGAUUUAGUUCUCAGCAAUGAUACCAAGAGGAUCGUUACCCUCAACUCCUUUGGAAACCCUUUUACAAAACGAAAAAAGGUUUACAAUUACAGAUCAUGUAUACUGGGUUAAUUAUGUAAGCUUAUAAUUCUUCACCACUAUUCAUAUACACAGAUUGUUACACAUAUGCCAUGCAGGAUAUUGUUUCAGGUCUUUCAGAUGUUCUCAUUAUUGUAAUUAAAAUACCUAAAUGUGACUGAAAUUGUACCUGAAUUUUUGGGUGCGAAAUGCU